AUGACCCUCGGCGGCGGCUCUUCUGUUGGUGCCGCCGCUGCUGCUGCUGCUUCCACUACAGAGGGAGCACGUGUUGUGCAGCAGAGCCUGACGCCAGAGUGCGCGCUGGCGAUGCUCUUCCCACCGGAGCCGCUGCGGGUGACGACGCCGCGGCACGCAGAGAAGGACGCUGCGCUGAGCGGCACUGUCACUCUACGUGGGCCCGACACGGGGUGGAUGAAGGUUGCGGCGAUCGACCACACCGGUCGCCUGGACUCGGUGCAUCUGCAAGAGCACCUCGAGCGCCGCUGCCGCGAGGAGCACGCGCGCCCUUCCGGUAUUGUCUGCCCAGUCCGCGAAGGGAUUUACACCGACGGCCUGCGCGAGGCGAUCCGGCAGACAACGGUGCUGUGCCCGGAGCGCGGCCUGCUGCUUGCCGAGCUCUCGGCCGAGAUGCAGCAGACGACGAACACGUACGACAUUCUCUUCGACAGCGCCUGCCAGUACGCUGUGCGCAAGGCGAUUGAGCGCGACCUGCGCAGCGAUCUUUUCGUGGAGAAGGAGCAGCUGGAGAGCGAAGUACGUCGGCUUGAGAACCGCGUGAAUGAGCUGCGCGCAAAGCACGAUGGCAUGGUGAAGCGGUUCGAGGAGCAGAUGCAGACGGAAGUGAAUAUGCACGAGGAGGAGGUGAAGUACCUCAAGAAGGCAAACCAGCAGAUUGUCAACGAGAUCAAGCGGCUCAUCGCGUUAGAGAAGGCAGGCGCGACGGCGCAGGCGUCCGGGCAGAAGCCGGCAUAG